AGAUGUGUUGCGAUCUCCUGUCCACACGCUCCAAAUUGUCUGCGCAGAUGUUUGAACCCACAUAGAUUUGAGACGAUUCGCUCAAACCUCCAACUCCAAUUUCGAGGUCUGCACACAUCUCAUGUCGGUGCAAAUCUUCUGUCCACACGCAGUGAUCUGUCUGCGCAGAUGUGAUGUGCACAGACGUUUGCGCAGACAUAUCGUUAGAAUUUCGUCAUUUUCUACACAGACACCACUGGAACAUAUCAGUAAACGAUCCUCUUUGACACAACAACUUUGUUGUCUGCUAAUAAUGUCAAAAUAGACACGUUACGUAAUGGUAAAGAGGGGCGCGGGGGAUUCGCGUGGUUAACAGUGCAAAACUGAUUUCUGCAGAGUGGAUGUGCAUCAUUAUGUCAUAACACCGGGCGUAAAUAUUUGCGUUAUAUAUAUAAGAAACAACGCAAAACAGUUGAAAGAAUAAUUUAUGUCAACAAAAUAUUUUAAAAAAGCAGAUCACAAUGCCGUUAAAAACAGCUGUAGCUCUCAGCCGAUUUUCAAGAGUUUAUUGCUUUCACCAAAGAAUUAGAAAUGUAGCAUACUAUUCAACAGCUCCUAAUAUUGAUAUUCAAGAGACCCCAGAAACGCGAGAAACUCAGUGUUGGCAAAUACACUCCUAUGGCGGUGUGGAAGAAUUAAAACUUUCAAACCUUACGAGACCUCCAAAAGUACAGAAGCCAGAUGAAGUUAUCGUGAAGGUGCACGCCGCAUCGGUCAAUCCGAUUGAUGUUGCAAUUCUGGGUGGUUAUGGGUCAGUGUUGCUAAAUAAAAUGCGUCAAGUGGAGAGCUGUGAUUUUUCUACUCCUGUAAUAGAAUUUCCACUGACCCUUGGACGAGAUUUCUGUGGUACUGUGGAAUACAAAGGCUUAGGCGUUCGUCAUCUGAGUAUUGGAGAUGAAGUAUGGGGUGUACUACCACCACAUAGGCAAGGAAGCCAUGCUCAGAGGAUUGUUGCCCCAAGUUCUUUGGUGCAGAGGAAACCAAGAAAUCUGAACCGUGUUGAGGCAGCAUCAUUAUUAUAUACUGGUGUAACUGCAUGGUCAGCUCUCAAGAUAUCAGGAGACUUGUUUCUUUUACCUGCACAUGGGAGGAGGGUUUUAGUUCUGGGAGGUUCAGGUGGUGUUGGCACUGUAGCUGUGCAACUGUUAAAAGCGUGGGGCACACAGGUUGUUGCAACCUGUGCCACUGAUGCAGUACCACUAGUUGAAUCUCUGGGUGCAGAUGUGGUCAUUGAUUACACUAAUCCAGAUGCAGAGAUACUUAUCAGAAAAGCAGGAAAAUACGAUAUUAUACUUGAUGCUGCUGGACUUGGUGCUGAUGCUGGACCAGGAUAUGCUGAUUGCCUCAAAAACUUAAGCCUUUCAAAGUACAUCACAUUGAGAUCUCCUUUGUUGAAGAAUGUAGAUGAGUUCGGAAUUGUUGGUGGAAUGCUGAAGAACAUUGCAGAACUUGUUGCUCCAAAUGUAAGAACAGGGCUUUCUAAUCCGACAAGUUCAGUCCGAUGGGGCUUUUUCAUCCCAUCAACAGACGCCAUCACAGAAAUUGGCACAUUAGUAGGGACUGGAAAGAUAAUUCCACUGGUGGAGAAAGUUUAUCCUUUUGAGGAAGUACCUGCUGCCUUUGAUAGAAUGAAAACUGGUCAUCUGAGAGGGAAAGUAGUGGUUGAUAUGGAUUCCAUUAAACAGCAGAGUGAGCAAGCAGUUCAAAGUAGAGAGUAAUUAUUUGUGUUAGUUUAUAUUACUUCAAGUUUCCAUAGGCACAUCUGUUUGAAUACCUUUCUGCAAAUAACAAGAAGACUGGUUGAACAGCAGUUGAAAUAUUUUUACUUUAAAUUGGCAUUUACCAUUACAGGAAUCACUUAAAACUGAGACCUACUUAUUUUUAUUCAACUUUAAUUUUGCUUUUGUAGCCCUUGCUCUGAAUGUUAUGUAAUGCUACCAUUUCUCUGAAAUUAUCAUCCUGGAUAAAAACUGGAUGGUUUAAGAACUUUUCUCAAAAACUAUCUGUGGGUACAGACUUGAGAAUGUGAACUUGUUUCUCAUAUGUAUUUAUGAACUUUCAGUGGUAACACUGACUUCAAAUAGUGUGAUCAUUGCACUCUAAAACAGUAUCCCAUUUAUUUGUGGGUGUAAAUUAUUCCUUCUAAAGUGUGUUUACACUGUCAUAUUCAUUUAAACAAAUAUAUAUUAAAAAUGUAAUUUUUUGUUCUUAACUGUACGGAAAUGGAUAAAAAUAAACGUCACAUUAAUUAUCUUGUCAAUCAGAAGAUUUACAGUACAAUUCUCACACUAAAACUGUGUAUGUAACUGAUGUUGUCUAUCUAAUUAUGUCUGACAAUAUAUAGUUUGUAAACAUUU